GAUGUUCUCUGUGUUACUGUAAUAUGAUUUAUUCCCAUUGGCUAAAGUCAGCACAGAGUUUGUAAACUGAGGCUAAACAUCGCGAGACUUGCAGGAACGCUUGCGAAACUGGUCAAGCAGACCAGGCCGGGGUUUGGGGUUCGACAAGUCAAUGAGAGAAAGUGAAAAAUUCUUCCUUAGUUGUUAAUUUUUCGAAAUCUAAAGGCACAACCUAGAUUCGAUCCAAUGUCUUAAGUAAUUGAACAUGUUAUUACUCAGACCUCUUGAAAGUGACAGACUGACUCGUUUUCAUUUUCGUCAAAAAUAACAUUGAGGGGGGGUGCCUUUGACGGCGUGCACAUGCGCAAUUAUUCGCGAGACAACCGUUAGACCCGAUGACGUGUUUCUGCGCAUGAGCUUAGCUAGCUGACGUGUUCGGGGAUUUCUAGUGGAGAAUCAGUUUCUGCCUAUCUUCCUACUGUACUGUCUUUGGGCGAAGUGCUUCAUUCUGACGUUUGGCGUUUCCUAUUUGAGAUAGAACCCACCUCUUCCUGUCGGUGCCAGAGUAGUAACUUCACCAUAUUUAGUUGGUCAGAGCCCUACAGAGUUGAGCACAGGCAACCGGGAUGAAAACCUUAGCCAUAUCGACGAAUGCAACCGGGAGUUGACAGCCUAGAAACAGGGAGACUGGCCGCUGUUGGAGAGUGACAUCAGUGGAAACAAGGCUGCACAUAUCGUUAGCAGACUUUGAGUGAUAAGUAGCUGUCUAAUGUCGGAUGAGAAUUCGAACUAGUAGUCGUAGGUAACUAGAUGGCUAGCUAGCUAAUUAUCGCCAACUAGCAAGCCUUAAACUCGAUUUCUUCUGGACGUAAAACUGAACGUAUCAGAUUUUUAUUCAGCAAACUGGUAAUAAACUAAAGAGACCAGUGAAUCUGCAAUUAUGAUAUCUUGACAUUGUCUGUUAGCUAUGCUUGUCUCAAUCCAUUUGCUAAUCUAGCAGCUAGCUAGUUUAUCAUCGUCGUUGAGGCUCGAGCCAGUAUCGCCGUGGCAGUGUAUUCUGAUUGGAUACCUUGAUCGUGUGAACGACUUGCAGACACCGGGACACGGAAGACCCUCAUCCAAAGGGACUGGAAAAGGGGCCCGUUUGACAGUGAGUAGAGAGGAGAAUUCCGGAGAACCCGUAACUACUCGGUUACAUCGCCUGUGUGGUAUUGUGAACUGCCGAUAAACCAGAUUGAACCAAGCAAGAGUUCCAGACAUUUGUCAUCUGUGAUCCGGGGAGUGAACCGGACAGGGACCUCAUGAAUGGAAAUCGGAACGACAGGAGCCGUUGGAGCCCAGCCCCUGUUCACUGUGCCACGGCGGCCUGGCUAUGGCACCAUGGGAAAGCCCAUCAAGCUGCUGGCCAACUGCUUCCAGGUGGAUAUCCCCAAGAUAGACGUCUACCUCUAUGAGGUGGACAUCAAGCCCGAGAAGUGCCCGCGCCGCGUCAACAGGGAGGUGGUGGACUCCAUGGUGCAGCACUUCAAGGUUACCAUCUUUGGGGAUCGUCGGCCAGUCUACGAUGGGAAGAGGAGCUUGUACACAGCCAACCCGCUGCCAGUGGCAACCGCAGGGGUGGAUCUGGAUGUCACUCUACCGGGUGAGGGGGGCAAGGACCGGCCCUUUAAGGUCUCAAUCAAGUUUGUGUCUCUGGUGAGCUGGCACAUGCUGCACGAGGUGCUAACCGGCCGCAGCGUGCCUGAGCCCCUGGAGCUGGACAAGCCCAUCAGCACCAACCCAGUACAUGCUGUGGACGUGGUGCUGCGACACCUGCCCUCCAUGAAGUACACUCCAGUGGGUCGCUCCUUCUUCUCAGCCCCAGAGGGCUACGACCAUCCCCUGGGAGGGGGGAGAGAGGUGUGGUUUGGUUUCCACCAGUCUGUACGCCCCGCCAUGUGGAAGAUGAUGCUCAAUAUUGACGUGUCUGCCACGGCCUUCUACAAAGCCCAGCCAGUGAUCCAGUUCAUGUGUGAGGUCCUGGACAUCCACAACAUAGACGAGCAGCCCCGACCUCUCACAGACUCCCACCGGGUCAAAUUCACCAAAGAAAUCAAAGGUCUGAAGGUGGAGGUCACACACUGUGGCACCAUGCGGAGGAAGUACCGCGUUUGCAACGUGACCCGUCGGCCCGCCAGCCAUCAAACGUUCCCUCUGCAGCUGGAGAAUGGUCAAACGGUGGAGCGCACGGUGGCCCAGUACUUCAGAGAGAAGUACAGCCUGCAGCUCAAAUAUCCCCACCUGCCCUGCCUCCAGGUGGGGCAGGAGCAGAAGCACACCUACCUGCCCCUGGAGGUGUGUAACAUAGUAGCAGGGCAGCGCUGCAUCAAGAAACUGACAGAUAAUCAGACGUCCACUAUGAUCAAGGCCACGGCUCGCUCUGCACCUGACAGACAGGAGGAGAUCAGCCGACUGGUGCGCAGUGCCAACUACGAGUCUGACCCCUUUGUGCAGGAGUUCCAGUUCAAGGUGCGCGACGAGAUGGCCCACGUGACAGGGCGCGUGCUGCCUGCCCCCAUGCUGCAAUACGGCGGCAGGGUGAGCACAGAGCACUUUAUGAACCGGACGGUGGCCACCCCAAGUCACGGGGUGUGGGACAUGAGGGGCAAACAGUUCCACACGGGAGUAGAGAUCAAGAUGUGGGCCAUCGCAUGUUUCGCCACACAGAGGCAGUGUCGCGAGGAGAUCCUCAAGGGUUUCACAGACCAGCUGCGUAAGAUCUCCAAGGAUGCUGGGAUGCCCAUUCAGGGCCAGCCGUGUUUCUGUAAAUACGCCCAGGGAGCCGACAGUGUGGAGCCCAUGUUCAGGCACCUGAAGAACACCUACUCUGGACUGCAGCUCAUCAUCGUCAUCCUGCCUGGAAAGACCCCCGUCUACGCGGAGGUGAAGAGGGUGGGAGACACUCUCCUAGGAAUGGCCACUCAGUGUGUCCAGGUGAAGAACGUGGUGAAGACGUCCCCCCAGACCCUCUCCAACCUCUGCCUCAAGAUCAACGUCAAGCUGGGGGGAAUCAACAAUAUCCUGGUGCCCCACCAACGACCCUCAGUAUUCCAGCAGCCUAUCAUCUUCCUGGGGGCGGACGUUACACACCCCCCUGCUGGAGACGGGAAGAAGCCCUCCAUUGCUGCAGUGGUAGGCAGUAUGGACGCACACCCCAGCAGGUACUGUGCCACAGUCAGGGUCCAGAGGCCCAGGCAGGAGGUGAUCCAGGAUCUGGCCUCUAUGGUCCGAGAGCUGCUGAUCCAGUUCUACAAGUCAACCCGCUACAAGCCCACCAGGAUCAUCUUCUACAGGGACGGAGUGUCAGAGGGCCAGUUUAGACAGGUGUUGUACUACGAGCUGCUGGCCAUCCGCGAGGCAUGCAUUGGCUUAGAGAAGGAGUACCAGCCCGGCAUCACCUACAUCGUGGUCCAGAAACGCCACCACACCCGCCUCUUCUGUGCCGACCGCAACGAAAGAGUUGGACGUAGUGGAAACAUUCCUGCUGGCACCACGGUGGACACGGACAUCACGCACCCCUACGAGUUUGACUUUUACCUCUGCAGUCACGCUGGAAUACAGGGGACCAGUCGGCCCUCCCACUACCACGUCCUGUGGGACGACAACUGCUUCACGGCCGAUGAGUUCCAGCUGCUCACCUACCAGCUGUGCCACACCUACGUGCGCUGUACCCGCUCCGUCUCCAUCCCCGCGCCAGCCUACUACGCCCACCUGGUGGCCUUCCGUGCCCGCUACCAUCUGGUGGACAAGGAGCACGACAGUGCGGAGGGCAGCCAUGUCUCUGGUCAGAGUAACGGUCGGGACCCCCAGGCUCUGGCCAAGGCGGUGCAGAUUCACCACGACACGCUGAGGACCAUGUACUUCGCCUGAGCACCACCCCACAUCACCAUCACUGUACUUAAAGCACACACACACACACACACACACAAACCCCGCCUGCCAGUCAAGGAGGGUUGUAUCCCCCCACAACCAGUCAAUCCGGACCUGACACUGUGUAGAGGGGGGUGGGGGAAGCCCCCCGCAAUGGACUGAGGAUGCAGACAGACGCUGCUUUUAAACAAGAGAGGAAGAACUUGGCACUAUUAUGCAAUAUUAAACCAGCCAACUGCUUUUCCUGGGCACCCCAACUCCGCCCCCACCCUCCUCCAGUCCCUCCCUCCUUUUCUCCGGUCAUGAAGGAGAUCUGUUUUGAUUCCGGAUGUGUAUGGUCAACGUUGCAGAAAUCGUUCCCUUUCGUCAUCAUGCCUUUUACGUCAUCUCAGUUUUUAACGGCAGCACUUCCUGCGCUUUUUCGUUUAUUAGUUCUGUUUUGACUUUUCUUUAUCAAAGGUUGAGGAGAGAAGAAGAGGAUCAGGAGUGUGAAGGGUGGAUCUCUAUCGGUGCAGACCCAUCAUGGCGCACAAGCUUGCCACUGGUAUUUUCCUCUCCUUUCCUCUCCAGCUUUUUUUAGCCAAUGGUGACUUAUCAAAAGUGUGAGUGUCAAUGGACACUGGGUACUAGGAGACGAACACAAGCUAUUAUUGUGAGCACAGUGCCACCUGGUGUCUGAACGGUGUAAAUGCUCUCUUCAAAAGUCCCAACCUGUCUGGGGAAUAAGCUAUGAUGCUAAUCAUAUGAUUUCCAACUCGUUAUCAUUUGACUUGAACCAAUAAGUGCUGUGCGUAUACAUUGGCACACAUCAUAGAGGGUAAUACAACGAUAUCACACCCUAGGUCAGUCCCCUAUGACAUAGGCCUAAUGUGCUGUCACAUCAACUAACUACGUUGCAAUGUGACCCUGUUUGGAAUUUUCUUUCCUGUACAUCAUGUGUUUUGAUAUUUAAGGUGCUUGUUUUUUUUUGGUUUUUUUUUACCAUUCUUUCCAGUAUUUAUUAGUACGGUCAAGAUAUAGUAAUUUAAUAUGAGACGGGCGUUUUUAUUUCUGCAUUCUUUCUAUCUCAUUGCUCUUUAGAUCUAUCCUUUCUCUUGGAUUUUAAUUUGUGGUGGAAGAUCCUAAAUUGAAUGACAGAUCAUGUUGCUUUCUCCUAGUGCAAUAAUCUUUUAGCUGAGGGAAGGAAGCUUCUUCUAGAAGAUACGGUUUGAAUAUCUGGAAGUCUAGCAGUGAGUUACGAGAAUGUGGCAGAACCCAGAUCUUCUAUGAGAACUCUGUUCACACAAUUGGCACUUACCCGUAGCUCCUCUUUAUGAAGGGAUUAGAGGUGUUCGGGAAGUCUAAUGGUUAUGCCAGUGAGUGUGUUAUGGGUUAGAAAUCAAGUGCCUGGUUUUGGAAAUGAACAGUCAAAUGGAAGUUGUAUGGAUGGAUUAUGACGUGGCGAUCCUAGCCUUUUUAAAAUGUAUUCAAACAAGGAAGUUAAAGGGCAAAGUUUAGCUGGAGAAAGUUGACUUUAAGCUACAUUUUGCCUCUUUUUUUUUUUUGACAGACAUUGCAUCGCAUUGAAAUCCUCAUGAUAGAAAAUCUAUAUAUUCUGUGUGUGUGUGUGUGUGUGUGUGUGUGUGUGUGUGUGUGUGUGUGUGUGUUAGUUUAUCCUAUUGUCUUUGCCUAAUAGCAGCAGUAUUUUAGCAGAUCAAGUCGUGCUGCACUCUGUCUCUAUCCUCAUCAGACAUGGAUCUAGCUGCUAUAUCUAUAUGUACUCAAGGUGACUAAGAAUCGAGGCGUGCCUCAGUCAUGAGCGGCAGGAGAGCUAAGCCGACAUUUCAUUUUUCCCCGCCAUAUAACUGAGCAUCCAAACCAAUAGUAGCUAGCUGUCUGCUGGAGUCAACAGUUCGAUGAUUCUUGGAAGUCCGGGAGACUGGGUGAGUGACUUGUGCGGUCGCUGCUUAGCUCCUCUGUGCUCUGUGACGUGAGGCAUGCCUAGUGGUGUUCAAGAGAAAGACAAUAAUCUGCACUAAAAGAAGUGUGUGUCAGACCGAACACAUGCCUCUGGUGCUAUGGGGGUGUGUGGCCUCCUUGCCGCACACCUUUUGAGAAUUUGCAGUCUGAGUAGGCCUUUGGGGGGUACAAAUGUACCGUAGUAAACCUCCCAAUGAGGUAAACGAGAGGGUCUGUUAUGUGGGGCACUGUAGGGAUUCUCGUCCUAACUGUUAGUGGAAACGGUUGCCAUUGAGAAUCCCUUGUUUUUGACGGUACAAUGAUACAAGGACACAGUUCUCAAAGCAAGGACUGCCCCAAUAGGUGAACGGUAGUGUGGUCCAAUGGUAGAAUCCUCUCCCCCCCUGUAGUUGCGUUUUGACUGCCUUCCCGACUCUAGCCUUCCCCUGGCUGGAAGCCAAUGAGUUUGAGCCUUCAUGAUCUUCACUAGUGUCCAAAAAGCCUUUUUAAAAAGCCAGAUUGGAAGAUGUGUAUAUGUACAUUAUUGUAAUGCUCACACCACUUAUUUUUGCUAACCAAAAAAAUCGAACAUAUGUAGUUAUAGUUAUUCAUCAUAGUAAUAAUAUCAUUAAAGGUAAACGGUAAUAAAAUAUGUAAGAGUUGAUGAUGCAAUAGACUGUUGUUGACUCGUGUCCUGUGGCAAUGUAUAACAUGAAUUAGUUUAUUUUGGCGUGCGUGCAGUGGAUGUAUUUCGACAUGUAACGUGAGUCUGGGUUGUUAGACUGUUAUGGAUCGGGAUGUAGUGGACUUGUCUCUGAGUUCUAGAAGUAAGAGGUGCUUCUAUUUCUGUCACUCUUGGCAGCUGUUGUCAGAUCUUCCCUGUUGUCAUAGAAUCCAAAUGGAAUCAUUUGACUUUUUAAAAAAAAUUUAAGAGCAUAAUUGUUCUGAUCCAGAUCGUCUUUCUCAGGCGGGAGUUGACACCUGUAGAGUAGGGGAGAGCGGGAGAAACCGGAGCUUGUCAAAGUGUUUGUAGACCCACUUUUAAAAAGAUGUAGUUGAUUUAAAGAAUGAGAUGGUUACCUUGACUGGUCAUCUUCAACGUUUUGUACCGAUGUGGCCCGCAGUGUUUUACGCUAAGCCUUGUGGGUUAUGAGGCUAAGCCUUGUGGGUUAUGAGGCUAAGCCUUGUGGGUUAUGAGGCCCCUAUAGAGUGAGACUUGGCCUGUAACUGUUGCUUUUCUCCUCGCGCAACCAAGGGAACUUCUUGUGCUCAGAAAUACAUAGGCUAUAGGCCUCCAGUAAGUCUGCAAUGUGACAAAGCCUAUAAUCUCAUUUGUUUUUCCCACUUUCUCCUGACUUUUGACUCCCAUUGCCAGAGGACUACAUUCCAUAGCCAGUAGAUCUGCCAUCGGAUUCCCCUGAGAAGUGGAGAAAAGAUGGAAGACUAGAGGACAGAAGAAGUUAAGUGUGUGUGUGUGUGUGUGUUGGUUGGUACAGAGUAGGGUAUUGUAGUUAGAUGGGUUUUUGUGCAUGUGGCUGGUUCUGGUGUUUGUGAAGUGAGAAGUAGGGCUAAGUGCCAUUUGAGGGAGGUGACGUGUAUGGAUCGGGACAUUGUUUAGCAAGCGACAAGCGUAGCUCUCAUCCAAGCUGACAUUAUGAGGAACGUCAAGGACUGUAGAACAUUCAGAUUUUCCUGGGCAAAAGAACACAUGUUUACAUAUAGCAGAUGUGUUUGCCUAACAUCCUUAUAACAUUAGAACUCGCUACAUCGUCAUCCGUAACGUUUUUCAGAUGUUCGGUUUUUUUUCAGCAGUUUUUUUGCUUAGUUUAUGGAUAUUUAUGAGCAAGGCCUUUCUAGGUCUAAAACAUCACCCCAGAGUUUGCUAUACUCUAUGGAAAAGUAGCUAUAUUUACAGUAGCUGUAUGUGUGUUCAUUCCAUUGCCUGUGACGCACAGAUAUACUGGAUUCUGUGUUGUAUGUUCUUUCUUUUCGGGGUGGAAGGUAAAUCUAUGGCAGAGUGACGAAGUCCACGGAAAGUGCCUUUCUUUAUGGUGGUGCUGUAAAACAAAAGUCAAACGGAAAAUCAAAAAGACGUCUAUCUCAUUUUUGAAGGAAAAAAAAAAACACACCUGCGUUUUAUGCACAGUGUACACACACACACACACACACACACACACACACACACACACACCAAGAUUGAUACUGAGGACCCGCAGUCUGUUUGUUAAAGACAUUAGAGUCUAUGAUUGUGGUUGAGCGUUCACUUAGUGGUGCAUUUUGAGUCUGGACCAAUGGACUUGGUAGGUUGGUACAAUGGAACUUGUGUUGACAAGCGAGGUCACAGUUAAAACCGAUGUGUGUGUGUGUGUAACACAGCCUGGCCCACGAAUGACAAACAUAGCACAGCACUUUAUAGACUGCCACUCUCUCUCGGACAUAAAGCCAAGAGGUUUUCUGUCUCUGUUCCUCCUCCAAUCCCCACCUCCCAGAUACAGUUUACUAUCAAAGACUUGUUUAUUAUGUGAAUGAGGAGAUUCUCCUCCUCUGGGAAAGGGAAUUGGAUUACGACACCAAACAAAACGGUUGCUAUCGCUACCAAGUGGUCAUUUUAAAAGCGUGCCUCCAGCUCAUGUGACUUCGCUAAUGAUGGCUCUGUUUUGAGUCAGCCUGCAUUUUAUAUGGGUUCUCCUUAAGAAUCUGAAACCACCAAUGGUUUUUAAGUGUUCCAAUAUAAGGCAUCCGUAUUAGGAAGCAGGGCAUCCAUAUUAGGAAGUCGGCAGUUGUCUGGCCCAUGGCAUUCUCUCAUCCUAGUGCAAUGCCUCGCCCUGCCUUGUGUCUGUCUUGUCCUUAUUGGAAGGAUAGUGGGCCCACUUUCAUUGGCGUUUUGGGGCAGUUUGGGUGUAGAAUAAGACUCCGAGGGGUCUGUAUGAGUCAUUUGGGGUACCCGUCAGUCCAGGGGGGGGGAUACCUUUACAAGAGAUUCAAAUAUAUAUAUAUAUAUAUAUGUGCGCCUCACUUACCUUGGUAUGCUGCAUAUGUUAUACUACAUGAGAGGAAAAACUGCAAAUAUUGCUUUGGUUAUUACAGUAUAAUGCUUGAUUAAUACCUGAUUAUGAUAUUCUUAUAACUAUUUUAGAGACAGAAGUAUAACUGUAAGAUAUUCUUGUUUUAGUUUUUUUUGUCUUAACACUUAUCUGACUUGAGCCGAACGUUUUUAUUUUGUCGUCCUAUUUAAAUGUGUCGUUCUUUUUAAUAUGUAUAUGAAAUGUAUAUUGCAAAAUAUUUUAUGCUGUAUUUAUUGGGUGCAUAAACGAGCGGCUAGCUAGAGUCUCAUUGGAAGCAUGGUGGAGGUGGAGCUAGGGGACGAGGCCUUAAACCCCCCCCCCACCUCUCCAUGUUGAAGCCUUAUCCUCCCCAGACACGCAAGCACAGCAAUGUGGUGGUGGGCGGACGGAGGGGCAUAGUUGAGCAGGGGGACCAGUUUUAUUUUUAUUUUUUUAUUUUUUUUAAUGAGGUAUUAAUUAUGUAGACCCCUGCGUCUAGCUGGUUGGUUCCUCGUGAAGGGAAGAAGCCUUCUCAUAUGUCCUCUUACCACCUUCUUGUACUCUGUCUUCCCUCUCUCCUCCCCGGUUCUCUCCUCCCAUCUUGAUGAGGCCACCCCCACAUGAUGCGUCUCAUCUCCUGUAGGGUUAGGGGAACCUUUACUGAACCACACGGACUGAGCUGAGCCUUGUUAAAAAAAAAAAAAAACUCACAUCCUCAUCCAGAGCUGCUACUAUGUUAGCCGUGUAAACUCCCCUGGCCUGGUAGAGUGCAGGUGGGUGAGAAUAGAGGAGAAAAUGGAGGGAAUGACGGUGACUGUGCUAAGGCAGAGGAUGUUAGGUGGGGCUUCUGUCCGUUCACUUUUCCCUUGUGCCAGAGACUUUUACACAGUGAGGAGUGGAGUGUAAAGUCUCGUUCCGCUCAAACACAAGCCUCCGCCUUAAGUGUGUUCUUACUUCGUUGUUGGGUUUUAUUUACGACGACGGAAUGCCUGAGUUGAGUCCCCAAAAAAAUGGCCUAACUCCAAAAUGGCAUCCUCGUGUUUCUUUUCAAACCACUAAUAGUGCUACAGUAGUUGGUGAGCCCCAACGUACAAAAGUGUAUGUUUCCCCACGUGUAUGGAUGUAAGAACAGGAGCCCGAGGGUUCUGUGUGCUGUACUUGUACCUGUAUAACGAAUCAAGGUGUUGUAAUAAUUAGUUGCUGUUCUGUUUGCCCACAGUGUCUGUUAGUUGUCCCCACCUCACUCUAGGGUCAGAGGUCAGAGGCAUGGCGCUUGGAAGGGGUCGUCAACCCUGUUCAGAACUUUUAAUAGGCUUUUCUACCUAAUACCCACAGACAAAUCCUUUGUUUACGACAUGUUUACUCCAUUUAGCUAUCUGAUUGAUGUGCAAGCAGACGCUGCUUGCUUUCAGUCCGUUCGCAGUCCAUGUUAAGAUUUUGAAGUAACAUUUGCUCGAGAGAUUAUCGGAUGCUGUUACAAUGUUACACUGGUUUGAAGACCGAUCUCGUCAGUGGCCAAGAAUGCUGGACUUUUAAAGAGUUUCCUAUAUGUUUCAUCGGUAUCUUGAGGUUAUUUUUGUAUUUGACGUGCGUCAGUUAGGGUUGUGCGCUGUGAUACCAUUUGAGUCCUGAGGCACCAGCUAAAAUCAAUGGGUGUUUGAUGAUACAAACAAGGUAGCCACAUGAGUUCCAUGCCUCGAUCUCUCUCCCUUACUACUCUGUAUGUUUCAAACUCUGUUGUACCAACAGGUCUUUUUAUUUCAGUUUUAAAUGUCUUUUGUUUUAUAAUUCUUUCUUUUAGGCCUUUAGUUUUGCUUUGCUACAAUUUGAAGUGUAUCUUUCACUAAUACUUGUAAUAAAAAGCUUUGCUUCAAAA